AUGUGUAGGAAUUUCAAGUUUGUACAAAGGAAGAAACCCCUUCGCUUCCAAAGGGAAACAUUCAAGAAAAGGGAAAUGUGGAAGCAAGUUCUCACACAGAACAAUGGACAUGACGGAACAUCCGACAACACAGACGACGUGAAUACCAAUAUAAAAUCAGCAAAAGACACCGAGGACAAAAAAUCAGCAAAGGACAUGAUGAAAAUAACAGAAUUAGCGAAUGGCACAAUGAAGAACACAGAAUCAGCGACAGACAUCAUAAACAGCCCAGCAACAGGACACAAACAGAGUGACACAAGUUUGAAUGCCGUGGAGUCUUUGAUCUACAACAACGCGGAGGCCACAGUGAAACUGGAUUCUACCGAACUGAAACAACUCAUCCAGUUAUCGACAACGGAUAAGAUAAAAUUGAAAAAGGUUAAAAGACGGAUAGACAGAGAAACAGACGGACUGGGAUACCCAGACGGCAAUAAGGCCUGUCAAAAGAUGAGUGGGAAAUCCCAGAGCCAUUACACUGAGAGUAUUCUAGAAGAAUGGCAACAGUUUGUGUCAAGUACUUUUUCAAGACACAAACCACGAGUGAGUUUUUCUGUUUAUGUUAAAUCGAAACACCUGACACUUGGAAAAGGCCAGAUGGUGAUAUACGACGGAAUCCUGACGAAUGAUGGAAACGGAUAUGACGACAGAUCAGGAAUCUUCACGUGUCCUGUAGCGGGUACCUACAUGUUUGUUAUCGAUUGUCUCUCUAAUAAGCCAACAUUGAUACAGAUUAUACUGAACAAGAAUAUGGUUGGAUCUGCUUAUAUAUCAACAACUAAAGAAAUAACAUCUUAUCAGCAGUUAAGUAGAACUGUCGUUUUAACGGCAAGAAAAGGUGAUCACGUUAAGGUAGCUAAUGUUGAGAAAGGCAGCUUCAUCUACCAGGGUCACUACUCUGGUUUCUCUGGAACUCUACUGUACUGA